AGGGAUUUUGAGAUUUCUCUUUUGGCACGAAUUUGAGUCCAUAUGCUCAACUUUGUAAAAGUGAACAAAACAAACUUCAACUUACAACAGCCGAUUGAAAGUUUGGAACUUUAAACUUUAAGGCUAAAACGCAAAUAUUUAAUUGGUGCUCUCAAACAUUUAAUCAACAUGUCCAACCAACUUUGCCUUUUGUGUUUACAAGUUAUCAAUAAAGUCACCACAGCAAAAUCCUCACAAAAAAUCAGAAUCGAAACCGUGUGUAAACUUCUAACACAACGUCAUCCUAAUUACAAAUCUUCUCAUUUAUCCGAAUUUAAUGAGGACGAAAUGUGCGAUUUUUGUGAGGAUUGUUAUCCUCUCUUCGCCACAAUGGAAGAAAUUAAGAACCAAAUUUCUUUGUUGGAGGAACAAAUUGGAAAGCAAAUUCAACAAAUUCGGGACAUAAUUUUGGAUGGUUCUUCUCAAUUAGGAAGUAAUGGGGAUGAUGGAAGGGAGAAAAUUAGGCAAAUUCGUGACAUGAUUCUCAGCGUGACAGGAGACAAUGCAGAGCAACAAGAUGAAAAUUUUGUAUCGGACGAGGUUCAAGUCAAAGUGGAACAUGAUGAUGCUAAUCCCCUCGGUGAUGUGGAUGACCAAUUCUGUGACGAUAACUAUAAUUCCCACUCCCACCAGCCAAGUGUCGGCAAAACAAACGAGGAAGAGACGGAUGAUUUACUUCACGACGAGGAGGAUGAUGACGCGGCUUUUUGUAUUACUCCUUCUAACCAAAAGAAGUCAAGGAGAAGAUGUAAAUCAACGAAUAAAAAGCCACCGCUAAGGAAACGAAAAAUAGAGGAUUCUCUCGCAGAAAGUAGCCAAAAAUCAAAAAUAGUUUCGAAACGGAUAAAAUCGGAGUCUUCUGUACCAGCCAGCCUGCGAGCGACACGAUCCUCCCCCCGCGUCACGAAACAAAGCGUCCCUCCACCCAGCGGUGUCAAAACUCUGGUAGUUUCACUGAAAAGAAUUAACUCCGCAAGUAAAAAGUCCACUGCAAGAUCUAAACCUACUUCAUCGUCAGACAAGGAUGGGGUUCCAAAGACUGAAAAUGAUAGCAAACCCACACCCAAAAUUAAAAUAAAGCGUAAAAAUGAUGCCACUCUCUCCCCCACGAAUAUCCCUUGUCUCAUGCCGUCAUGCACCGCCACGUUUCGCACCCUUCAGACAAGGGACGCUCACUUAAAACAUUCCCACGACGGAUUCUCCCCUUAUCAAUGUCAAAUAUGCAAGAAAAAGUGUCGUAAUCAAAACAGGCUCGCCGCCCAUAUGGUAAUUAAACAUGAAAAAGGUGAGAAGAAAUUCCCUUGUAUCAAAUGUGGCAAGAGUUUCUGCCUCGAGGAAAACUUGGAGAGGCAUUUGAAAUUGCAUGAAGUCGAGGAGAUCAAACCGAUCGUUUGUGACGUGUGCGACUCGCGGUUUGAAAACGAGGAGAAACUGAACGUUCAUUCAGAGACACACAUUGUCAAGUUUCGAUUUCGGUGCCAAUAUUGCGGAAAGACAUGCCAGGAGAGGAAAGAGUUGGAAAGGCAUGAGCGUUCCCACACCAAAGAGAAACCGGAGAAAUGCUCCCACUGCGAAAUCAGAUUUGCCGACAAGGUCACUCUACAGCGUCACGUGAUCCGAGACCAUUCAUCAGCACCCGCAGCAAAUAUUUGUCACGUUUGUGGAAAAGGGUUCUAUCUUCCCGCCGACCUCAAGAUGCACCUUGACCGACACGACGGCAAAUAUAAGUCCAAGUGCGACAAGUGUGGCGAAACGUUCGUAAACUCCAAUUCAUGUCAAUCUCAUCGUGUCAAGGUUCACGGCGAAGACCCUUUCGUUUGUGAUGAAUGUGGUAGCAGUUUUACAUCGCUGCCAGGAUUAAGAUUGCAUAAAAAGUGCUCCCAUGAAGGAGUUAAAAAGCACAAAUGUCAGACUUGUGGUGCCUGCUUUGUCCGGGCGGACGUAUUUAAGCGUCACACACAAAUACACAAAACAGAGCGACCAUACUCCUGUCCCCACUGCCCACAAGCCUUCAAGGUGAAGAGAAGUUUGACCGAUCACCUGCAGCGUAUCCACACUCCAGGCUAUGUCAUCCCCACCCCUUACAAAUGCCCCCAUUGCGACAAAGGAUUCCCAUUUCCUUUCCAUCUGGCGGGUCACAUCCGUCAAGCCCACACAGGAGAGCGGCCCUUCAGUUGUGACCAGUGCGGUAAGGGGUUCGCCAUAAAGUCAGCGCUAACUCUACAUUUGAAAGGAGCCCAUGGCGUCGUUUUGGAGGUGAAAGAUAGGCUACCAAGGUCGAAAAAAGAUGUGUUCCAAGAAGAGGACGCCAACACUUAAAUCUUACAUAGAAAUUGUUAAAUAGAUUUUUUACAAUGUCAAAAGCCUAGGUCAUAAAAAGCGUUAUUGAAGUAUUCAAAAAGUUUAUUUCCAAAUUACAAUUUGUAAUGCUUGAAUCAGAUUAAAAAAUGGUAAUAAAGUACCAUAGCUAUGUAAAAUA